UCCACCACAUGCCAGGCCCAAGCCAUGCCCGUUUUGCCAGGGCAUAGAGUGCUCGACAGACAGGUAGCUUCCACUUAACUAACUGGAUGGCUCGAUAGUGGACAGAACAGAGUUCGAUCAGCUCGGCGUGCUUUCGAUACACACCGUCCUUUGGUACCGGUAGUGUGCUCUGCCUGCAACCCUCAUCGACUUUAGACCGGUCGGUUUAACUUUUUCGUAUUCUCCUUUAACGUACGACCGAAACGUUGUUUGCUCGCGAUAUUGUGGGAUCAGUUACGAAGAAGAGUUGUACAGUGAUUCCGUUACACACCCGGGACCAGUUUUGAAAAAGGACUACCGUCGUUCUCCAACGAAUAUCAACGCUGCAGACCGAGUACUUGGGUUACUUAAACGAUUUUAAUCCACUACUACGAAUCCCGAAUAAAGGAGGAGAGUUUUGUUCCUGCCGUUCACAGUGAUCGACACAACUCCAAAUUUUCAUUCAUAAAGAUUUACGUAAAUACGACAACGUUUACGAGGAUUGGUGGACUUCCAGUGUCUUCAUAGGUGGAAAAGACUAUAAAAUACAGUGACUUAUCCGCUACGGCACUGAUAUCAAGAGGAUCGCAUUCCGGAAGUAAAGGCUAAAGAAAUACGCAAACGUAAUGUUCUAACCAUCUCAGCAUUUGUCCUUCCAUAACUAGUCGAACCAUCUUCAAACAACCAAUAUGGUUCCGAGAAGAAACAUGAAAGCUUACGUCUUCCUCACAAUCUUAGUGACGACAUCCGCCUUCUCAGUGUCCUAUGUGCCUCAAGCAAAAGGUAGAAAAUUGUUCGGUGGAUACAGGAUAGUUCCCAAAGUAUGCCAACCCACACACCCAUCCAGGAUUGUUUCAAACGAACCAGCCGUUUGCAUGUUCAAUCAUGAGUGCACACGAAGAAGCGGCGAAGUUGUUGGUGCAUGUAUGGAUGGAUUUCUGUUCGGCGCUUGCUGCCAGUUGCCUGCCGAACGACCAGCUGAUGAAUUAUAUGAGACUGGCCCGAGCACCGCAGGACUUCAGAAUAUCUACGAAAUCGAUCACGUUCCCGAUAUCCCGAUUCUUUUGAAUCCUGACGGAACUCCAAUGGGGAUAGUACCUUCACAAGCUGCCAGUCAAGGACAAAAUAGUCAACCAACUGUCGUAGAUGGUUCCGACAUAAGAAGACCAGACAUACCAACACUCUCAGAAGUUCUUGGAGCUGGAGGAAAUAUGAAUGUUAAAAUUUCGACGUUUGGACCACCUUCGUCAACCUUUCAUCAUGCAAGCAGUACUCAAGAUAAAACACAAAUUCCUCAAGUUGACGUCAGUCAUCUUGAAUCUGACUUUUCUGCUCUGUUGCACCAGCAAAGUAACUUGGACGAUUUGCGACUACCUGGACUAAUCACCCAUUCAGCUUCCAACAAUAAUAUUCAGGAUAAUCAAGACCCAGAGGACGUGGACACUGUAACGACCUUCUUGAAUCCUGAUCAAGUCCUACAGAUUGCUGAUCCGGUUGAUCAAUUGCCUGUUUUGUUUUCUCAGGGAAUUGGUAACAACAAUCAUUCAAGUCCCGAUACGAUAUUACUGAAUGAGAAUGGCAGCCUAUUUACCGAAAAUUAUAAUCCUGACGACCUCUUCAUACCGGGAUCUAUUUCAUUGUCAAGGCCUAACGGUGGAACUGAUCAGUCAAAUAUCCACAGGCCAAACACUCAGGAGUUAUCUGACAUAAUGAAGCAAAAAGUUGAAGAAGUUACUCAGAAGGUAGAAGCUUUGACUCAGAAGAUCGCAGCCGAAAUGGAGUCGUCUCUGACUCCAUCGAUCGCUCACGGCAUUUCAACCAAUAAGGUUCCCACGGUGACCGAAAGACCCAACAAUGCGCAACAAAUGUCGUCUGUAACUUACGAAUUGUAUUCUCUUCCUUCAAGACCACAGGGACCAAACGCAAAUCCACCUGGGCUGGGGAAUGAAAGACCUGUCACAGUCCAUAGUACCUCAACAAUAAACAGUAAUUUGUUGAAAGCAUCGUCAAAAUCUCCGGAAGAAGAGCACUUCGUCACAGGGACAAACGAAAUAACGUCAGAAAAGAAUACGAAGUAUAUUUCAACGAUGAAGAAUGGUCCUACCACUCCAAUGUCACCAACAACGUAUGCACAAGAAGAUGAGCUGAUUAGAGUCCCAACAAUCUCAUACGACACCCAAUCUGGGAACAAAAAACACGACGUUCUUGACCACGAAGAAAAUUCGAUUAAUCACAUCUUAUCAAUGCUCAACGAUAGUAACCCAAGCCCAGAACCUGAACCCCUUCCCGAGCCCAAUUCCCAUCCUGACCCCCAUGACGACGAUUCUGGUAUACAAACAUGGGUGAGCAUCGAUGGCACGUCCGUCGGACCACCAGAAAUCAAGUUUCCCUCUGUUCGUCCAUCUGCUAGGCCUGAUGCAACAACAGUCACUUUUCCAUACACUUUUUAUAAACCCAAUCAAGGUUCGGUGUAUUACGACUACGAGGGCACUCAACAUGCCGAUAAUCCUGACAAAGCGGAUACUCACGAUACUCCUAUGAAGAUUUAUACACCGAUUUCUUCAACUCAGGGAACGUACAGCACUGGUUCAUCGACUCAAGAUAUAUAUUCAAACAGACCAUCUACCAAUCCACCCGCGCCAACUGUAAUCGUUUUGGGUCCCUUGGGAAAUGAAUAUGUUACGAAAGGUGACCAUAAAACACCUCCGCGACGGCCCCCGACCACCGCCGAGCCUGUUGCUUCAAAAAAACCGGCCUUUUCAACAACUAUAACGCACAACAUAAACACGGUCAUAUCGACUAACAACAUGGAGUCCAAUAAUACAAGAGUAGUAUCUUCCAGUUACAUAAGCGUUGAUUUGAAAGACGGUGCCACGAGUACAAAGCCGGUCGUCGUCAACAGUGAGACCACUGUCAAACCAGCGGAAACACCUCAAAGUGUGAGGCCGACGGUUCACCAAGCGGUUAACUCUGAGAGACCGGAUUCAACGGUUUAUUACGAAAUCGAGACCAAAAAACCUCCAAUAUCACCCGUAACUCUUUCCACAUGGUCAGAGAAGCCAGCUUUCCAUCUUAAACCGUCAUACACUCAGCCUGGUGCUGGGCCUGUCGCCUGGCCCCAGGAAACUAUAAUUGCACACAACCCAAUAAUCUUUAAAGAUCCGAUCUUCGUAAAUAACGAAGGAAUUGCUACACCAGUGAGCCCGGAAGACGAGACAACGGCUCCCGAUGAUUUCAAUAAUUUCCCACCAGUCAGGAAUCCUAACCUAAACAUGUCUGUUCCGUCCUCGCAACAGGAAAAACCCACGAUUGUUGAAACGUUCAAUCAAACUUUCUAUCCCGAUUUCCAGAACAUUGACGAGAAUGAUAUCCCAACGCCAGCCUUUAUCGAUGACGAUGCUCUAGGAAACAAGGUUGAUGUCUUUGUCAAUAAAAUUGUUGAGUCGCUUCAGGAUAACUUCGAUGACAUGGGUGAUUUAGUUUACAAGAAAAAGACAAACACGACAACGCAAAGUCCUGCUCAACCUACAGUUACUCAAAAACCACCCGUCACCGUCACCACGAAGAAGCCAAUUCGUAGACCAACAGUUUCGUCAUCAACGUCGCCCACUAAGAAGCCGACACCCACUAAACGACCGCCAACACGCUUGUCGACGACAACCCAGAAGACUGUGACUGUUUCCACCAAACCUACUCGACCUCUAAAAGUGUCGACGACUAAACCGAAGCCAGCUACACUAAGUGCUACAACUACAAAACCACCACAAACCGUCAGCAAGAGGCCAAAACCAGUGAGGAAGCCAACUGUGCCUACUAUCUCAAAUACGGAAGUCAGUUCCAUAGAAACUGAAAGGCCUGUAGUGAGUUCUACCGAAAUAACCGCCAGCAGUCAUAAACCAAAUUAUGCAAGAGAUUGCGGCGUUAGGCCGUUGAUGAAAACAGGGAGAAUCGUUGGCGGAAAAGCGGCUAAGUUUGGCGAAUGGCCCUGGCAAGUUCUUGUACGUGAGGCAACUUGGCUGGGGUUGUUCACAAAAAAUAAAUGUGGCGGUGUACUUAUCACUAACAAAUAUGUCACCACCGCUGCCCACUGUCAACCAGGAUUCCUGGCCUCACUUGUGGCAGUACUCGGCGAGUUUGAUAUCACCGGCGAACACGAGACAAAGCACAGCGUAUCUCGGAACGUUAAACGAGUUAUUGUUCACCGUAACUACGACCCAGCAACCUUCGAAAAUGAUUUGGCUAUUCUGGAAAUGGAAACACCAGUUGUAUUCGAUACGCACAUAGUUCCGAUCUGCAUGCCAGAUGACGGCGCAGACUUUACUGGGAGAAUGGCCACAGUCACUGGGUGGGGGAGACUUAAAUACAACGGCGGAGUUCCUUCCGUUCUACAAGAGGUCGAAGUGCCGAUUAUGGAAAAUGCAGUCUGUCAAGAGAUGUUCCAGACCACUGGUCAUCCGAAACUCAUUCGUGAAAGCUUUUUGUGCGCAGGUUACGCCAAUGGACAAAAGGAUUCCUGUGAGGGUGACAGUGGCGGACCCCUGAUGCUACAACGUUCCGACGGCAGGUGGGAAUUGGCAGGGACUGUUUCCCACGGUAUCAAGUGCGCUGCUCCCUAUCUUCCUGGUGUUUACAUGAGAACAACUUUCUUCAAGCCAUGGCUACAUAGUAUUACUGGUGUCUGAAGCUAAAACCCCAAAGUAGAUCAGCUCAAACAUUGCGGGUAGUAGCAAUACCGUUCGACUGUCUCAAUUUUGAGCUUGAAUUUCAAAGUAUGUUAAUUCUCAAUUGUUACUCCUUCGUUUCUAACGACGUCAAUGUGCUUGACUGUAUUUCGACUGACUCCCGAUCACUCUUUCCCUUGGCUCACUUACGUGACGUCGAACGAGUAGAAGAGAGCGAAUGUUCAAU